AUGAAAUUCGCUCGCUUCUUGGUGACCAUGACCGGCCUAGUGUCGGUUCAAUUGGCCGUUGCUCUUCAAUCACCGUCAUGCACCAUGUCAUCCACUCCCAUUCCUUCCGCCACCCCCGGUUCUUUCGCGACCACCUCGGGUCUACAGUUCGUCAUUAGCGGUAAGACGGGCUACUUCGCCGGUUCCAACGCCUACUGGAUUGGGUUCCUGGCCAACAACGAUGACGUGGACCUGGUAUUCACACACGUGAAAGAGGCAGGCCUCAAAAUCCUGCGCGUCUGGGGGUUCAACGACGUCAACGAAAAGCCCCAGAAGGGCACGGUCUGGUACCAGCUGCACGCGGAUGGCAAAUCGACCAUCAACACAGGAGCGGACGGCCUGGAGCGUCUGGACUACGUCGUAUCGUCGGCCGAGAAGCACGAUAUCAAGCUGAUCAUCAACUUUGUCAACUACUGGAGUGAUUACGGCGGUAUGAACGCCUACGUCAAGGCGUACGGAGGCUCCGACAGCUCCGAUUUCUACACCAGCGAGAAGAUGCAGCAGGCGUAUCGCGCAUACAUCAAGGCCGUCGUGUCGCGCUAUAGCGACUCGGCUGCGGUUUUUGCGUGGGAGGUGGCCAACGAGCCACGAUGCAAGGGGUGCAAUACCACCGUGCUUUAUGACUGGAUCGAGAGUACCAGCAAAUACAUCAAAUCUUUGGAUGCGCAGCAUAUGGUGUGCAUCGGCGAUGAGGGAUUCGGUCUCAACAUUCAGUCGGACGGUAGGUACCCCUACCAGUACUCGGAGGGAUCCGACUUCGAGAAGAAUCUGGCCAUCCCGACCAUUGACUUUGGCACAUUCCAUCUCUACCCGGAUAGCUGUGAGGCGGCCGGAAAGCCGUGUCUGUUUGAGGAAUACGGCACCACUUCGAACCACUGUGGCAUCGAGAAGCCAUGGCAGCAAACAGCGCUGAACACGGCGGGGGUAUCGGCGGACCUGUACUGGCAGUAUGGCGACCAGUUGAGCUCAGGACCGUCGCCCAACGAUGGCCACACUAUCUACUAUGGAUCCGACGAUUUUCAGUGUCUGGUGAGAGAUCACGUGAAGGAACUGGGGCGGAAAUCGAAUCGGGUUAGCGCUGGACGAUCGCAGGAAGGAUUGAAUUAA